CCUUGAAGGACCAGAGCGCUAUCUGGUUUUGACCUUGAGAUGCUGUUUGCAGGGAAGUGUUGUCGUAGUACGUUGUGUAUUUCACUUGUAUGGAACUUUGCACACUUGUGUUCGAAAAAAAUUACUUUUUAUUGUAAUAUCACAUCUGAUUUCUGGCUAGUACUUAUUUUCAUUUCAUCUGUGAUGACGCUUUUAAUAAUAUUAAUAAAUAGUACUUCAAGCCUACACUGAUCACCAGCAGUUGUUGGUAAUUAGUUGUCUUAUGUAAUUUGCUAGUGUCAAAGAAACUGAUGCAGCUAAUUCAGGAUGUUCGGUAAUUUAACGGUUUCUAGAGGAAAAUUAUAAUCGAAGGAGUGUGAACUCAGCAUAUAUCCUUUCUUCCAGAACUUUUCACCAAGUCCAGUGCUAAUGCCUCUUCAUUAUUUAAGACCCUGCAAGGUUAAUUCGUUUGAUACAUAGAAUGAAAAUUUUAGUUAAGCAUACUGUAGUGUGCUAGUCAAGAGCUGACUAUAAGCUCACUAUAUAUGCGGUAUUCGUGAUGAAUAAUGCAAUUGGUUGCUUCAGUGUUACUUCAAAGUUAGCCUGUUAAUAAAUUACUGGACUUAUAUUCAGAGCUAGAGGCGUGACAGACCUUAUCGCAAACAUAGGGCCAGACUUCACCCACCCAAGUUUUAACCCAAACUGACCCAAAUAUGGCAACAACAGGUUGCGUUUGAAAUGUUAUCCUACAUUAUCCUUACAAAUUACAACUGUGGAAAGAUUUUGUACACUUUCGAAACACUGUCAUUUUUCACGAGAAAGGUAACUAGCAGUAGACCUGUUAAGCCUAGAGAAAAUCCUGAAUCAUUGCCUUCUUCCAUCGGGGAUCCUCUCAAUUGUCCCGACUACUUUGGGCUUAAAAAUCUGGUCAGCAUCCCUGAAUUAUUUCAUGCACGUGUCCAUUUUGGUCAUCGAUCAGUGCUUCGCAAUGACUACAUGAUACCGUACAUAUACGGUUGCAGGCAAGGAGUAGAUAUAAUUGAUCUAGAUCAAACACAUUCUUUGUUGUUUGAUGCACUCAACUUCGCAGCACAUAUUGCUUAUCGUCAAGGCAUAAUCCUUUUUAUGUAUUCUAAUAAACAAAUGUUACCUCUUGUUGAAAGAACUGCCGAAACUGUUGGUGAGUACUCGUACUGUCGUAAGUGGGAGGGAGGGGUGUUCACAAACUCAUCAAAUGUGUUUCACGACUCAGUGAGGCUACCAGACCUAGUCAUUUUUCUCAGUACUUGCAACUCGAUAUCUAGGCCACAUGCUGCCGUACGAGACGCAGCAAAAAUGCUUAUCCCAACUAUUGGUGUUGUGGAUACCAAUUCUGAUCCCAGAUUAAUUACUUAUCCUGUACCUGGAAACGAUGACAGCCCAACAUCCGUACGUCUGUUUUGUGCGCUGUUUUCUGAAGCUGUUGCAAGAGGAAAAAGAAGUGCUUCCAGAGACAACCUCUUGAAGCAGCAGUGGCUUCGGCAGUCUGAAUCAUCUAAGAAUUCUGAAUUAAUACAAUCAGCAACUAGUUAAUGCAAUGUGUUUUUUUAAUUACUUAAGUUUUGUGUAUAUAUGAUUCUCGAGUUAUAAAUGCUUUUGACAUA